GAUUGUAAAUAAAUAUCAUCCUUAUUAAUUAGAUAAAUUCCACAAGCAAUCACCAUAGGUAGAAUAUAAAUAUUACCACUAUACUCAAGUUGGUAUAUGUCAUCACUCUUUUCCAAAAUUAAAGAAACAAAGUUGAAACAAAAUAGAAGAAGUGUUCAAUCCUUAGAAAACUUCAACUAUUUCAAGACCAAGUAUACAAAUUCAAAUGCAGAAAUUAAAAUUCCUAGCCUAUAAAUACAAUUGCUUCAACACAAAUACUCUUCACCAACAUACAAAAUAUAUCUUCCUUAUCUUGCAAAACAAGUUAACAACAAUAUGAAUCAAAUGUUUUCUUGCUUGGUUUUAAUAAUUCUAUCUAUUUUAUCAUUGGCUUCAUCUCUUCAAGUUGGUUUCUAUGGCUAUACAUGUCCAUCUGCUGAGGAAAUUGUGAGAAGUACUGUUAACAAGGCUGUUUCACUCAAUCCUGGCAUAGGUGCUGGAUUGAUCAGAAUGCAUUUUCAUGAUUGCUUUGUGAGGGGUUGUGAUGCUUCUGUGUUACUAGUAUCAACACCGGGAAAUAUAGCCGAAAGAGAUAACUUUAUCAACAAUCCAAGUUUACGUGGCUUCGAUGUAAUCAACGAGGCCAAGGCUCAAUUAGAAUCCGCAUGUCCGCAAACAGUAUCGUGUGCAGACAUUCUUACCUUCGCAACACGAGACAGCGUUUUCAAACUCAGUGGUGGCACGAUAAACUACGAUGUGCCAUCAGGACGAAGAGACGGUCGUAUCUCAAUCGCUGAUGAAGUGCCAAAAAAUCUACCUGGACCUUCUUUCAACGCAGACCAACUUAUCGCAAAUUUCGCACAAAAAGGUUUGUCGGCCGAUGAAAUGGUUACACUCUCAGGAGCACAUUCAAUUGGUGCAUCACAUUGUUCUUCAUUUUCUAAUCGUUUAUAUUCAUUUAGUGGUGCAAAUUCUCAAGAUCCUUCUUUGGAUCCUUCAUAUGUUGAAUCUUUGAAAACACAGUGUCCACCACCACCAAGUAGCAAUGAUCCAUUAGUAGUGCUUGAUGUUACUACUCCUAAUCGUUUGGAUAACGUGUACUAUCAAGGAUUGAUUAAUCACCAUGGUUUGUUUACUUCAGAUCAAACACUAUUAAGUAGUCAAUCUACACAAGAAAGUGUGCUAAGUAAUGCUAAUUAUGGUUCAAAUUGGGUUAACAAGUUUGCACAAGCAAUGGUGCAUAUGGGUUCUAUUGAUGUGUUAAGUGGCUAUGAUGGUGAGAUUAGGAAGCAUUGCAGCUUUGUCAAUUAGCAUUACUUAUAAGUAUAAAAUAAUCGAUUCUUGUAUAUUGUAUAUGUUAUCGGUUAGGGUUUUAACUCUAGACCUUUUUAUUUUCGAACUCCUUCAAGUGGUUCAACUCAACUUCUUGAGCUAUGUUUUGGAGACUGUAAUUGUUUUAUUUUGAGUUUUGUAAACAUUCAAUACAAUUGUAAAAUUCCGUCGUGUA